CUGUCAUUUCUGUCGACAGUCUGUAACCUCCCCUGUUAUCUAAUAUGUCAUGGAUUAUUGCUUGUCAUUAAACAAGGGUCACGGACUUACCCCAAUCGUAGGCAACCAAAUUGUCUCGCGCCAAAACCGAACCCUGGAAAACUUGAUGUUUUCCCAGGUCCACCCCGUCCACAAAUGACAAUACCCUUGUCAAUACGUACAGUCCAUCUCAUCUGCAUCAUACAAACAGGUACCAGGCACAGCAAGGGACCAUACAAGGUAUUCGGAAAGGAAAAACACAUAUAUCACCUUGCUCCUGCUUCAGAUAUGUUUCUUGAGCUUAUUUCAUACUCGACAUCUCACUACCGAACAAUCUUCAGAAACCCCUCGAACACUAAAAGCAAUAAACAUGAACACCAUGGAUAUCCGCAACGUGGAACUCUCUAUCGAAGACAUACUUUCCAUUCACCGACACUGGAUUUCGAAACUUUACCUCGAUGACCACAAGAGCGAAAUGGAAAUUGUAGACAUGCUUUACGAACGACGACUCCCUGUCACGUAUGUAUUGACUACCCAUCUUCUUGAAGUACAUCUGCUAACUUCAUUUCUUUAGUGUUUCUCAAGUACGCAAUUGUUUAUCAGAAUGGACCUUGAUUUCUUUGCCCCCAACAUUAAGGCGGGGUUCUUCAAGCAACAGUUCCACAAUCGAUUCAGAAGACGACUGGGAAGCCCUUCGCGUACCAUCGCCAACCUCAUCAACAACAUCAUAUUACUCCACCACCCCUAAAAAUAUCGACCUAUACAGUAAACGCCCCCUCCCAUCUCUUCCAAAAGCCGCCUCGAUAUCUGGAACCAAAUCCAAAUUACAGAGACUUCCAAAACUACGACACGCACGAAGCAACGUCCAAACCAGCACCAACACUAGCAUCCCAACCCGCUUCGCUAAUCGCGUACCCGCAUUAAAUCUUAAUACAAUGAUCACUCAACAAUCGCACACCCCUUCAUACGAAGCUGAAGCUACUUUCUCUCCCAUGAGUCCUAUCGAAUGCGGUCUUUCCCCAAUCGAAAUCUUCACCAGCGACAUGGCUCAAAGACACGAGAUGAUUGCAGUUGGACUAAGGCGGAUAGAGUAUCCUGGGAAAGAGAAGGAGGGAGACGAUUUCGAAUGGAUGAAGCAGUUUCACGAAUAUAAAAUCGGGUCAGGGCCGAGGGAGGUGAAGAUACACCAGGGUGAAGAUUUGGAUUACGAGGCGGAUGAGGAAUAGUCUCUUCUCUUCGUCUUAUUUCUUUUUUUAUGGGAAGUUUUGCUAUCUUGUUGUCGACUUUAUUUACGACUUAGCGAUGGGAGGAGUUAAAUCGGUUUUCAUGCUUCAUUUUGAGCUCUAUGUAUCUUGCAUUUCUGUGGGAUCUCGGCAUAUUUCCUUUCAUGUAUUCUGUGUUAGAACUGUAUCAGACAGGUGGGGGUUCAAAGCGUUUGGGCAUUUUGUUGAGAUGCAUUGUACUCUAUUCAAUUUCUUGGAUCUCAUGAGCGGGCGGAUGGAUCGAAUGUGCGGAAUGGGGCGAAUUGUUGGCGCCACG